AUGCCAUCCGCUUCCGAUCGAUACGAGACCAUCCAAGUGGCCGGCAGAGGAGCUUUCGGUCUCGUCGUCAUUGCCAGGGACUCUUUUGUGAGUUUGAGUGCACUUCUAUUAUUCAAAUAUCGAAUUGAAGACAAAGAAGCGAGUGGCAAUCAAACGGAUCAUGGUCCCCAAUGUUUCGAAGCUCCAGCUGGUCAGGGAGAUCAGCGCUCUCAGGUGUCUCAAUCAUCGCAAUGUAAGCGGAAAACACACUUUUCUUAGGAUAUUUCCAAUCUCCAGGUUCUAAAAUAUCUCGAUUGUUUUGCCCACGCCGAUUUGAUAUCGAUAGUGACCGAAGAAGUCCCGUAUACUCUCGGUGACGUCAUCAAAGACAAAGCACGACCGAAAGGAGACGAUCUGAACAGGUUAGAAGAUCUCUUGAAAAUGUAAUUUCAAACUUUUUCAGAUGGUACCACACACAAAUCUUAUCGGGAAUCGCGUAUAUUCACUCGAAAGACAUAAUGCACAGAGACAUCAAACCGGAGAACAUUCUAGUCACUCUGAGGAACGUGGUAAAGAUUGCCGACUUCGGGCAGGCCUGUUUCUACCGAAAAGAGAAUCCGGAGGAGGAGUACGAUGUGAAUGUGAGUCCCUGAGAGAUUUCGGAAAAAUGCUCUCCCAUCCACUCGGAUGCACCUGUUUUCCCUCCGCUUCUUCUUUUUCUUCAUCUUGUUCUUCUUGUUAUCUCCCGCCGCCGUCGCAUCUGCUCACUUUGCAAUGAAAUCAGUUUGAGCAAGAUUGAUGAUUGCUCCGAGGACACGCUCCUUAGAAUUUAUGGAUUCGCGUUGAAAAAUCAGAGGACCAGAGAGAUAGAGAAUCAAAGAAUAAUUGAAGUUUGACAGGUGGCAACUCGCUGGUAUCGGGCGCCGGAAUUGCUCUUCGGCUCGCGCAAAUAUAGUCCUUCUGUGGAUGUCUGGGCAAUUGGAUGCAUUCUCGCCGAGCUCAUACGUGGGAAACCGAUCUUUCCGGUAAAUGAUACGCCCUUAAAAAGAAAAUUCAUAUUUCGGUAUUCAGGGAAGAAGUGAGCUCGAGCAAAUCUCAGUGAUAUUCGGAGUGCUCGGAACUCCAAAUGAAGAAAAUUGGCCGAAAUGGAGGACGAUGCCAGAUGCGAACAAACUGCUGUUCGAGCCAAAAGAGCCGAGGAACAAUUGGGCGGAGAUCCGUGAGUCAAAUAAAUACCUGUCAUGUAUUCUUCUGAGCAUUCUUGUAGUGCGAUGCAAAGAAGUGACGCCGGAAUUCGACAAUUUCCUCCGUCUCCAUCUCCAACUGUGCUGCGAUUUCCGGCCCGCCGCCAGCGUGCUUCUCAUGCAUUCGUGGAUCAAGAGGGAUACGGUAGAAGAGCCCAACUACCGAAUAUCGAGACGCAAUUCGGAACGGAACAAAAGAGACGCACUGCCGCCGUUACACGUGUUUUUGUGA